AUGCCGAAAACAUUAGAAUUCAAACUGAAUCAGAUGAUUUUGAAGCAAGCUUGUAAAAGUUUCAAAUUAUUCCAAAAUCAAGGUAAGAUCUAAUAUUUAAAUAUAAGAUCAAAAAUUAGAGAAAAUAUAACAAAAUUCAAGAAGCUUGAAAGUUCAUAGGAAUGUAAAAUACUUAAUUAUACAAUGGAUAAUCAUUUAUUAGAAUAAUUGGGUGUUGGAAGAAAUGCAAAGAAUUAAAAUAGAAGUUAUAAAGUUUGAGUAUAUUUACUUCUAUAACUUUUCUCAUUACAUUGUUAUAAUUUUAAUUUCUGAAUCAUUAAUUAGUAUUACAAAUUAAUUUAUGAAUCCAUUUGUUACUGAUACUUUAUCAAUGGUUUAAAUCAAAUCCAUCAACUUUAGAACCAUUAAAAAUUGA